AAUGUACAAGGUACAGUGUGGGUGUUACCUGAAUAUUUUUUCUUUUUUUCCCAACCAACCCUUUCCAAGACAGUGCAUCGUGUGUAACCUAAAUCUUUCAUUUACCGAGUAAAAUAGAAUUGAAAGGACGAUAUCCAGCUAUCCUUUGAGGAACCUUGCUAUGAACCAGCUAUAUGUCAACGUAAUUAUGUUGAGGGAUGUUGACACGAUCAUGGUAUUCAACCCAAACUACAGUUAUACCAAAAAGAGCCUCAAUACCCAGCUAGCAAUGAGACCUGCAUUAUUCCAUCGCUUUCGUUCGGAGUCAGGUCAAGCUAUAUAGAUAUAUACGGGUUGCAUAAAAUUGAAUUUUACGAGUCGGACAAUGUCAUUUUUUCAAACGUGCAUUAAUUCAUUAGGUCGUUUACAUCGAAUGGGCAUGGACGGUAUAAAAGUAAUGAUGUUUUUUGUGCGACAACCAGCUUUGAACUCAUCCCAGAGUUAAACGAAUGACGUUGGUGGCUUUACGACUGGAAUGCUUUGCAUCUGUAAAACAUCUAUAAGGGGGAGGCUACACGUCGUUGCUAUACACACGGAAGACGCCAGCACUUGCUUUCUCGAGCACAUCGAAAAUUUCAUAUCGAAUCGCCGGCCCGCGCUCGUCGCAGACGGUGUAGGUAUCUCUUUCUAACCCUCUCUCUCGAAUGAGCUUCUGUAUUUGCUUGUCGCGUCGCCACGGCCUCCAACUCCGGGUGUGCGCCAAAACGGAACACCAUCAUCAUGUUGUCUGGCACGCAUACGCUGUAAGAUUCAAAUAAGUUUUCUUGGAUAAAAAGGUACCCCUUGUUUCCAUGAUGGGGCCCCUCCCUCAAUCCAGCAUCACCAUGAAGGGUGUUUCGUGUAGUAACGACCAUGCUGAAUGCUCUCAUCUACCGCCAAGUGUUGGAUCGCUCCCUCCAUGUUACCCAUCCCGCCAUUCCUGUGAACAUUUAUCGGACUAUACGCAUUGGGGUUUUUCUCUCUGCCAUCAUGUCUUCUCCGCCCAGCCCUCCUCCACCUCCCCCUCCUCUUCCUCCAGAAGAGAUUGUUAAGUGUAGGAAAAGUUUUUCUUUGGAAAGCCAGCAUCAAGGAUUAAGACCCGAACCCUCAAUCAGUUCGGUGAAAAUGUCGGAGUCUAUCUUCAGUAACAUUAAGCUUGGUGGACUCGCAGGGCUUCUUCUAAGAUGGCGGGCCAGUGUGUACAAACUCCUGUGGCGAGAGAUGAUAGUAUUCAUUUUAUUCUACACCAUAGUCAGUCUUAUCUACCGCUUCGCGUUCGAAGGAUCCAGUAUAGUCAAGGAGAACUUCGAAAAGCUGGCCAUUUACGCUUACGAUUAUACCAAAGUGUUCCCUAUAAGUUUCGUCCUGGGUUUCUAUGUUACCGUUGUCUUUGAUAGAUGGUGGAUGCAGUUCAAAUCAAUACCAUGGCCCGACCGGGUGGUGUAUAACGUCUCCGCCCACGUCCUUGGGAACGACGAAGAAGGGAGGAUAAUAAGGAGAACAUUAGCCCGUUACGUCAACCUCGCAGCUAUACUUGUAUACAGGUCCGGUAGCAAGCGGGUUAAAAAAAGGUUCCCAACUCUUGCUCAUCUUGUGGAGGCAGGUUUAAUGACUGAUGAUGAGAAGGAUAUAUUCAAGAACCUGGGGACAGAAAAUCCUAAAUACUGGGUACCUUGUGCCUGGUUUGUCAAUCUAUGCAGAAUGUGUCGCAAACAAGCCCGUAUUGUCAGUGAUCCGGCCAUGAAAACGGUCAUAGAUGAGCUGAACAACUUCCAAAAUAAAUGUUUUGAGCUCUAUGGCUACGACUGGAUUGUAGUCCCACUAGUUUAUACUCAGGUUGUUACCAUAGCAACAUAUAGUUACUUCCUCGCCUGUCUAUUUGGUCGCCAGUACUUAGAUCCUAAGAUGGGUUAUGACGGUCAUACCAUAGAUGUUUAUGUACCUGGGUUCACCGUCUUAGAAUUUGUCUUCUAUGUUGGAUGGUUAAAGGUGGCAGAAAACCUCAUGAACCCUUUCGGCGAAGAUGAUGAUGAUUUCGACAUGAACUGGAUUGUUGAUAGAAAUAUUGAGACAAGUUUCAUGGUUGUUGACGAGCUAUACGAGGUGAGCCUUCCUAUAGUUCGAGAUCGUCACUUCUCAACACGGCACCCCGAUAUACCUUAUACAAAUGCUGCAGUAAAGAAGAAAGGGAAGCCAUGGUUAGGUUCAGCUAGUAAAGUCAAAUUAUCACGUCAAGAGAUGGCGUUUACCAAUAUGCCAAACAAGGUCUUCACUGAGGAUGACGAGUGCAUCACCAGUCGUCUCUCGUCCAAGAAGCGAGGAGAAACCACGGGCAAGGGCGGCGGGACUAAUAACGGAAGUUUGAGCAAAGUGAGCAAAAGCGGCGGUGGAAACAACCACGCGUCUUCGAGCAACAACCACGGCUUGGAAGAAAAACGAAGUAGAAGUAGCAGUAGAAACGAAGGCUCCACUCCUAGAGUGGUACACAGGACAAUGAGUCAGGAGGACUCGCAGUAUGACCACUAUGCAUCCAUUCCCAACACACCACAAAUACCUCAAGCCGACUAUGAAUCCGUCACCCGACGGGGGCAGUCAUCGGCGACGCGCGGCAGUAACCAUGGCAACAAGUACACUAGUGAACCGGAAGUACAUCGCAGACUCAGUAAAUCAACAGAGGAGCGAAAGCGAUUGGCGAGUGACCGACAGCACCCCUCGAGACAUCAUAGAAACACUCAGUCUCUUGAAAAAGAAGGGAACUAUAGCUCGGGACAUGAAAGGGCUGGUAGUAGUGCUGGCAGCGGUAGUGGCGGCGGCGGUAAAAACAGUGGUGGUGACAGGGGUAAAGGUAGUGGUACCGGAAAUGGUGGCAGCGGUGGGAACUACCACCGAUCCAGUAGUCAAGAGAGAGGAGGCAACUAUCAUGCAACACAUGAACGAAAUAGUAACUACCACAAUGGGUAUCAUUAUGAUGAUUACCAAGGCACCGGGAGUAAUGAAGGUCGUCAAGUACCGGACGACGUCAAGGAAUGUCGUGAUCGGGAUGACGACGGCGUGAUCGAUGCGAGAGAUGUCGACAUCAAUGCUCUCAACGAGUCCAUCAUUUGACAACGUGUGCGUCGCGUGACUAGGGACUAUAUUCUGAUUUAAUAUUACAUACAAGUGUGUGAGGAAAGAAAGAAGGCAGCUCUCAAAAGAAGUAUAAACGAUUUCUGGAAGAUCAUCAUUCAUUUGAGGACACACAAAAUGGGGAAAAGGGUAUAAUGUAAAAAAAAAAAUUAUGGUAUUAAAAUUAAAAAGCACGAAGCGAUAAAAUAUAAACAUGUAUACUCUGCAGGCUUGAUAUACACAAUAUUCAAAUAUUGCAAACUCUAUAUACUCAAUAACUGUUUAUAGUCAUCCCUUGGUCGUGGUCGUUACAUCAUUACAAAAAUUAACGUCAAAAUGUUUCAUCAAUUUAUUAUGAAAACUUACGGCUAUAAUUCAACCAAUUGUUCCAUUUUUGUGCAGGUCUGACUCGAUCUUUCAUGUCAAAAUGUACAUUUUCUUCCAUUUGUUUUUUUCUUACGAAAUUUUUAUGAAAAACAGCACCGCGAAACAAAAAUCGUUAUUUGCCUGCAUUUGGACGGGAUCGCAAACGAGAAGGGAAAUUGGCCCUACAUUGGGCGCUAGUGAACGUAGAGGGCGUCAACACAGCCACUUAGAAAUUCGAAGUGAUGAAAAGUUGGCAUCACUUGAAAUGAGUAUAUAGCCAGAAGAAAGAAGUAUUGACAAGGAGAUAUCAGACUAGUUAUGCGAUGUGCACAUUGUUCAAUCAAAUUGAUAUUUUAUAGAAUUGAUUUGCAUUAUUAUUAUUUUUGUCUUGUUGUAUACGGUGCAAAAUGAUUUAAGGUGCGAUGAUUAUGUUAUGAUUUUAACUUUGCCAUUAUUUGUCUAGACCUAGCAAUUUGAAGUAUCUCAUUAAGUUUGAUGUCAUUUAUCACGUGUUAGUAUUCAUUGUGUUGAUGACACUCGUGCAUUUUUAUUAUAAUUGAUUUCGAAUUGCAACGAUCUUUCUCGUAUUGUCAUUCAAUGUGAUAAUACAUCAUUCUUGACCGUCCAGCGCUGAUAGGCCUAUAUUUAUUUUCUAAAAAUAUACCUGGUAACAAUACAUAUAUUCGAAUCCCUCCCAUUGAAAUAAACACAUGCAUGCUAAAGCAAGAAAUGAAAUGAAGACAUAUUUAGGAGGAUAAUAAAUCUUAAAAUCUAACUGUGGCAACGUAUGUAGUAUAGUACAAACAGUUACUUGGAUUAUGUACAAUAACGGGUACUGGUGUAGAUUGCGUAAAUUAUUGUGAAAAAAUAAAAAAAUAUGUAGUACAAAAUGCUAAAACUUUGGAAUAGUUUUUUGAGCAGUGGCUUGUGAUGUGAAUUUUCAAUAUCAAUAUUUCAUUAAUAAAAUGCCUGUAUGUGAUAAUAACAUCGAUAAUAGAGCAUAACAAUCCAUGCUGGCAGUCAGCUUUACAGAUUUAUCUUUGUACAAAAUCUAUUCAAAUUAAAUGACAUAAAGUAUUCUAUAUAUUGAUAUACAACCCAAUCUUUACUUGUUUAAAAACGUCAUCUAGUACUAUUCCUAAUUUUCUCAGAAAAUGCACGGAAAGAAUGCACCAAACUCAUUUCUUUAUAACACUACAUAGGCCUUUGCAAAAGCUCGGUCGCUUUAUUCUCUUGCUUUCUUCCUUUUUUUAAUAUGCUACGUAUCCCCCCACAAAAAAAUAUUCAUGAUCGUAAACUCAAUCCCUUAACUUUCCCGCGUUCACAUCAAUUUUUUUUGCAUAUUUUACAUACUCUGGUCCCUCCUCCCCUCCACUAAAAAAAAAUAAUAAAAUAAAAUAAAUCAUGUGUAUGUGCGGCCAUGCAGGUAAGUGAAUAUGUUAAUCAUAAUCAGAAGAUGAAUGUUGGUGUAGGCCUUGCUUAAACCAUGCAAACAAAUCCCAAGCCUCAAAUCCGUUGUCGCCUGCAUUUGCUCUGUGCUUUCUGCAAUAUGAUAGCAUCGAACAUGUCAAAAAUAAUCUAUGUCGAACAUUUACUGAUUGAAUUUUAUUGAUUGACAGAAUGAGCAAACAACCGUCUAUUCUUCCUUCACGUGUUGCCAUUAUUCUAUAGAAUAGAGUGGGUAUCAAUAUAUAGAACCUUUCUCGCAUAUAAACAUGGAGAAAAAAGUACCGCAGAAUCUUUCAUAUCUAAUAUUUUAUUCUCUAAUAAAAUAAGUAAUGUAUACUUGUCUCGUGUAACAAUGCAUCGUCAUAAAAAGAAAUUCAAACAAUAAAUUUGCUAUCGUAUAUUCUAUAUUCAAAAGGACAUAUAUUAUGUAUCAAUAUAAUGACGAUGAAUAUACCCCACUCAACCCAUGAUUAUUGCAAAUAUACAGUUUUCGAAAUCUUCUGAAUAUAGUUUGAUCAUACAGCUUUACAAUAUAGGAUUUAUGAUGCCCUCCAGUUUAGAUUAUCAUAAUAAUAAUAACAAUUUUAUAUACCGAAAAUUCACAAAUUGCCUCUAAGCGGUU